UCUUGAUCCUUUGAAUAAAUCAUUCAUCUUAUAUAAAAAUUGAUCCAUCUCCUCUCCUUAAUACUUUGAAUUCAUAUAGAGAAAUGUAUAAUAUUAACUAAGUGUUAGUUAUAUAAGUAAUAAGCAACUUGUAUGUGUGUUUAUGAUGAAUGUAUUACUGAUAAUAUAUACUACUUAAAUAUAAACUAUUCAGUAGAUGAUUUCUUUUCUUUUCCUUUGUUUAUAUCUCAUUUCAAAUCCAUCAUGAUUAUGAAAUAUCUUUGAAUAAUAAUAAUAAUAAAAGACAGAAAAUGACCAUUUCUAUGUUGUCCACUAAUAAUGUUUAUGCAUUUUAGUUAGAAAUAAGAACCCCUCCCCCCCAAAAAAAAAAAGAAAGAAACCUAGGAAAAUCGAUGAGACUAUAAUUUAUGGACGAUCUUUGAGGGACGCUAAAGUGACUUUGAGAGUGUCUACCUACUUAUUAGGGCUAAAUGAGGGUUAUAAACCAGUUUGAAGAAUAAGGAUUAUAAUUUAUAGUUGAUGGUAACGGUUAGGAUUUAGAUUCAAGGUUGUUUUUUUUUCUAUCAUGAAUUGACGUCAACUAUAAUGACAAAACUUUAUUUAGCCAACUGGCUGAAUGAAUUUUAUGCCGAAAUUCAAAACCUGUUAUUGUAAAUCUGAUUGAUUCGUCUAUAAAUUAUAGUCUGGCCUGUUAUAUCCGAGUGAAGAUUUAAUCAUGAGUAACUUCUGAGACAUAUGAAUUGACUAAUAUUAUCUAUACGUUCUUAUGGUAUAGCUAUUCAAUAAUUAGAUUAUGUAUAUUUAUAUUCCCCUUGUUAUAAGCUUUAUUUUGACCUCUAUAUUAUUAUUGUACGAUUUACUGUUCUUAUGUUCAGUUUAUUGACUACUGUCUCCCACGUUCACAGUCACUUUUUGGCUUUAUUGUGUACAAAUUUUAUUUCCUAUUUUACGGUGCGUUGCGGCAUGCUUGUUUGACAUAUAAACCCAGUAUGUCUGAAAUAAACGAUUCGAUUUGAUUCGAUUCGAUUCGCAUAUUGUUGAUCUGGACUCAAAUGGACGGGCUAGGCGGAUAUCGGAUCAAUAAGGACGCUAGGCUGCCCAUACCGGUCGAACGUCAUUGGUUUGGCACAGUGCUAAGAUUGUAUAAGUCGUAUUUUGAUUGAUGGAUAAAUCACGUGAUAGAAAGCCGGAUAUAAAGUCAUAACAUCGCCAGAAAAUCUUUCGAUUAUUUGAUUGAUUUUUCUAAAUUUUCAGAUCAAAAUGUGUUUCCUUGACAUAAUUGUUACGAUUAGGUUACUGUGCUUUAUUAGAAGUUGGUUUUGAAAUUUCUUCAUUGCUUAUCUUAUAAAAUAAAAUUAUAUAUAGAUUCCAGCCAAUAAUGAAUUUAAAUUUAUUUCUCAUUUAAUGAAGAGGGAUUCACAAUUGAUUGAUUACUGAUUGGUGAUCAAUGCCAUGUAUGCCAAGUCUUUUCUAGUGCAGAUCGAAUCCUAUAGACCAAAUUGUAAUAAGGCUACAAGUUUAGGUGACUCGACUAUGUUGAGAUAAGAUGGUGAAAAACCUGGACUACCUCCAACCACAUUAGCACAGAGAUGCAGUUUUCGAUCCAAAUCCCGUAGUGGUGGAGGUGGUAAGAGUAUAAGCAGUAAUCGGAAAGAUUAGGGUUGGAAGAUAUUAUUUAAAGAUUAUAAUCCAGUAAAAUAAAUUUGGAAAGAGAAAAAGAAAACGGAUAUCAAGAAUUCAGAAGAUUAGAAUUUGGGAGAACACAAAGAGUGUAUGCACCUGCGCCAUUAUAAACGAUUUUCAGCCAUGUCAUUCAAGAUCUCUAACCAUUGUUUACUAUCAUCUCGUGGAUCCCAACCAGGUAGUCUAUACCUACCAACAUGGCUCACUCAGCCCACUUGUCAAUGACUUCAUGGAUUUGUGCCAUGUUUUGGUCUGGUCGCCCCUAGCUUUCUUCCUACCUACUCCUAUACCUCUGAACAUCGUACAUCGGAUCAGUCGUUGGUUGGUCAUACGUAACACAUGGGCCAGCCAUCUCAACUGAUGAAGUUUCCCUACUUCAUCAAUUGAUUUGCCAUCCUUACCUAGUACCCGUUUCCUAACAACUGCAUUACUUACUCGAUGGUCCCAUGAUAUACGAGCAAUGUUUCGAAGGCACCUAUGAUCAAAUACUAGUAAUCCACGGAUAUCUUCUACUCUUACCGACCAUGUUUCACUGCCAUAAAUUAGGAUGGAACGAAUUGUUGUGCAGUAAACACGUCCUUUGUUUCAUAGACAGAUCAGCAUAGUGAUAACUAAUCAAAAAGUAUUUCAUAAACAAUAAUCUAAAUAGAUUUCUAUGUUAUAUAUCCAUCGAAUUGUUAUUGUUAUUGUAUAUUUAUUUUAAAGAUGACUUAAUCGACUGAACUUUAAGAAGAAUAAAAUUAGAUUUAAAAAAGUAAAUUACAAUUGAAUUGAUUUCACUUCAUUGUACUUCAUUUGAUAAACUUUACUUAUAUUCAUAUUAGAUACUAUUAAACAUGAAAGAAAGUUAUCAAAGAAGAUGUUCAUUAAAUCACCUUUCUUUUUUCCAAAAUAUUUUUAUUUUGAUCAACUUUGUUGUUAUUAUUGUCCAAGAGGAUAAUAAGGAUGAUGAUGAUGAUGAUGAUGAUGAUGAGGAGGAGGAGGAGGAGGAGAAGGAUCAUGAUGUUUAUGUAAAGAUUGAUAUUAAAUUAUAUACACUUGGCGGUGAAUUAGUUAAAUCACCUGAAAUGGUGAAAGAUCAUCAUUUCUAUGUUGCUGCAGGAAGUGAAACAUAUUUAUCACGUGAUUAUGGACAACCAUUACCUCGAUUAAUCACAGCAAGUAGAAAACCAACUCAGAAAUUCCUCUUAGUUACAAUGUGUGGUAUGGCAACUCGAACUGAUAAUAUGUCAUCAACUCAUUCGAAUAGAUCAACACCAAUAUCAAGAACACCUAUCACCGGCACCACCACCACAACAACAACACCUUACUCUUAUCAACAUCCUAACUAUUUAGAUAAAGAAUCAUUAGCUGCAACUAAAAUUCAAGCUGGUUAUCGUGGUUAUUGUACACGUAAAAAAUAUGGUAAUUUAUCAUUGAAUUCUUCUUCAACAUCAUCAAAUUAUAAUGUAACAUCUAAUAGACAAUUAUAUACAACACAUCAAUCACCAUUAAGAAAUAAUAAUGAUUUAGAGAAUGCCGCCACACGAAUACAAGCUAGUUAUCGUGGUUAUUUAACUAGAAAAUCAUUACGUGAUGAUAAUAUUACACAGAAAUAUACACCAAUUAAAAAUGUUUCUUAUCAUCAUGAUAAAAUCAAUAGAAUUAAUGAAAAUGAGAACGAUGAUAUUGAUGGGAAAGUGAAAGCAGUCACUAAAAUUCAAGCUGGUUAUCGUGGUUAUAAAACAAGAAAAUCAUUAGCCCCAUUAUUACAUUCUCAACAAAAUUUAUUAUUAUCAAAUAAAGAAAAUCAAAAUUAUUUAGAAUAUAAAUGUAUCAAUCAAGAUAAACCUAAUAAUAAUCAUUUACAUGAUUUAUAUAAUCCUGAAUUAGCUGCCAUUAAAAUACAAGCAACCUAUCGUGGUUAUAAAACUAGACGACAAUUAACUAAAUAA